GUGGCUGAUGCGCGUCCGGCCGCCCACCCUGCCAUCUCUCUCCCGACCACCAUGGCCUCCGCAGACGACGGCACCCAGCAGCAGCUCACCGACGCCACCCGCGGCUUCGACGACCUCUUCCAGAACGAGCUCGACAAUGCCCGCAAGAUAUUCGUAGACUCGGACAGCCCCUUCCACCAGCUCGGCCUCGGUGUGUGCGCCUUUCUCGAGGCCGCACUCGGCAUGGAGACAGCGCUCCUCGCCGAAGCCCAGCGCUGUCUCUCGCUCUCGGAGGCAGGCUCCAAGAAGCAGCUCAAGGCAUCCAAGUACGCGAAGCGCACCACCCAAUUCCCUCCGGGCACAGAAUGGGAACUGCUCAACUCCGACGCCGUCAUCCUCCUUGGUCUGAACCAUGCCCUCAGUGAGUCCUACAUGGGGUACCUGCAAUGUCUGUACUCCCUCAACAGUGCCCACUCCAAGUUCACAAAACUCUACAAGACCGUCUACCCGCACGGGCUCGACGCCUACGCGACGCCCGCCACGUCGCCCCCGCGGAGCAACACGCCCUCCGUCGCAUCCUCCGCGGCGUCGUCCACGCUGAGCGUCGCGAGCACCAGCACCACCACGCCCUCGGCGCCCGCGAGCAUCCUCUCCCGGCGCUCCGGCUUCUUCAGCCGGUUUACGGGCGGCGCGAGCGCGUCGACGCCGUCGAGCCUCAGCCCGAGCAUGACGUCGCUCUCCCUCGAGACCCGCGUCCACGCCGAGCGCGGCUCCGUCGACGAGCUCAUCCUCUCGGGGACUGCAUUCGGAUAUGGGCUGUUCAACCUUGUUUUCUCCCUGCUACCCGCCAAGAUCCGAGGAGUGGUGGGCUUCCUCGGGUUCACGAGCGAUCGCAAGCUCGCUCUCCAAGCGCUCGCCGUCUCCGCGAACCACACCGACGUCCAUGGUGUCUUCGCCGGGCUGGCGCUUAUGACGUACCACGGCGUCGUCCUCCUGCUCUCGGGGUACCAGGUGGAUGAACAGCACAUCCUCCGACAGUACGGUGCGAUCGUGGACAAGCUCUCAUCCAGGUAUCCCGAAGGCUCGCUGUGGAUCCUCAAUAGGGCGAAGAUCCUACGGAUGUCCUAUGACACCCAGGGUGCGAUCAAGGUCCUCCAGGACGGGCUCAAGCCCGAGCGUCCGCAUACUUUUGCCCAGGCUGACGGUCUUUUGAUCUUCGAGCUGGCGUGGACGUUGCUCUCGCAGCGGCGCUACCAAGAGGCGGCGGACACGUUCAUCGACAUGACCAAGGUCAAUAGCUGGAGUCAUGGGACGUACUACUUUAUCGCUGCUGGCUGCCAUGUAUCGUUAGGUAACCUCGACAAGGCGAAGGAGCUGCUUGAGCAGAUCCCCGCCUUGCUGGACAAGAAGAAGAUUGGCGGGAAGGAUCUGCCUACGGAGGUGUUCAUCAAGAAGAAGCUGGCUUUCUACAAGGAAAAGGCAGCACGGCUCAUGGGAUCGGAGGACGACUACGUAUCGGUCAUGAAGAUCAGUCCUGCAGAGGAGCUCGCAAUCUUCUGGAACACGCACUCACGGAUCCCGCAUGACAUCGCGCUCGCGCACAUCACCGAGCUCAGCGCAUUCACGCCCCCGCCGACCAUCCCGAGUCCCCUCAUCCCCUCGGCCACAGCGGCCACGCCGUCUACAGCGACAACGGCGCUGCCCACGUCCGCGCCCCCCGACCUCGACACGCCCGACGAGCUCGCGAUCCGCGCGCUCCUCCUCGGGAUCACGCACCGCACCGCAGGCUCGUACGGCCCCGCCCGCGCGUUCCUCGCCGACGCGCACGCGCAGCACGCACAGGUGAAGGUGAGCACGUGGGUCGCGGGCGUCGCGCUCUUCGAGCUCGCGGUGCUCGCGCUCAAGGAGGCGCAGGCGCGCACGGAGGGCGAGGAGCUGGGCGAGGCGGAGAAGCGGGGCGUCUGGGAGGGCGCGAUGAAGGAGGCGGAGGGAGGGCUCGAGAAGGCGCUUGCGCUUGCGACGCAGCAGGUCGACCUGAGCUCGAGGCUGGAUAGCCGGAUCGCGAUGCUGAGGGAUGAGAUCGCGUUGAAGAGGGAGAUGCUGGCUGCUAACGCCGCCGCGAGUGCAUAG